AGCAAAGUUUAAAAAUACUCAUAGCCGUUGAGCGCUCUUCACACCAAACCACUCUCAAUUUUCUUUUCAUUCAAUAACCCUCGAAAAUGGUAUCCAAGCUUAUCAGAAAAAGCCUCAAAAAGGCCGGCAGAGAUCGGCGGAUCCCUCACCGCCACCGCCGGAGGUCUCCUGCCAAGACCGCUUCCCCCCGCACCCUCAUCUUCGCCAUCAACAAAUCAAUCCAUUCAGGUGAGCGCCGCCUCGCCAAGUUCUUCUGCAAAUUGGCCCGCAUCGCCACCCCAAUCUGCCGCAAAGGCUACAAAAUCUUGCCCAGACAAGAAUCUGAACCCGAAGACAGCAUCUGUAAAGUUCUGUUCUGUAACGACUAUGUCCUUCCACCGUCGAUUUCGCCCAACAAGAGGACGGUGUUUCUUGAUCUUGAUGAGACGUUAGUCCAUUCGAACCGGGACCCACCACCGAAUCAAUUCGAUUUCGUGGUUAGGCCCAAGAUUGAUGGGAAUUUGAUGAAUUUCUAUGUGUUGAAGCGUCCAGGGCUCGACGAAUUUCUGGAAUUCUUGAAUGGGAAAUUUGAAGUUGUGGUGUUCACGGCCGGACUGAAGGAGUAUGCGUCGCUGGUGCUUGACCGGAUCGACAAGAAGGGAGUGAUAUCGCAUCGGCUUUACCGGGAUUCGUGCAAAGAAGUUGAUGGUAGGUUUGUGAAAGAUUUAUCGGCGACGGGUAGGGAGUUAAACAGGGUUGUAAUUGUUGAUGAUAAUCCGAAUGCUUGUGCUUUUCAGCCAGAGAAUGCAAUCCAGAUUCGACCUUUUAUCGAUGAUCAAAGGGACGAGGAGUUGAUGAGGUUGGUUAAGUUCUUUGAAGGAUGUGAUUGCUUUGAUGAUAUGAGACAUGCCGUCAAGGCUUUUGGUGGUGAACAUGAAUCACAUGAUCUUAAAUUACUUUAUUGACAGUUUUUCUGUGGGUUUUUUUCCUUUGAAUGACAUUGUAUUGAACAAUUCUUUCUUCAAUUUUAAA